CCACCCUUUUGCCACACACGUGAAGUUGGAGAGGAGCAAGAAUCUGGUGAAGCUAUGUCCAAAGCUAAACAAAAACGAGCCAAACGCCUCGGCUUCCUCGGAAAGUUUAAGGGUAAAGAUGGACAAAAGGGAGAGGCUUCAGGGCGGACAAAGACUAAAGAGCAGUCAUCUGUUAAAGAACACAGAAGGCCAGAGGAAAUCAGGAAGCAAAGGCUCCAAGAACUCCAAGAAAAGCAGAAAAUCUCCAGAGAACAAGAGCUUAUGAAGCGGAGGAAUUUGCAAAGCUUUCAGAAUGACAUCCUACAGCGACAGAGAGAGUUUGAGCAGAGGGAGAUGGAGAUGCAGAGUUUGGAGAAACAUGUUAAUUUUGAAAAUGAGAAUUCAAGAAAGGCUUAUUACAGAGAAUUUAAAAAGGUCGUGGAGGCAGCAGAUGUGAUUUUGGAGGUUUUGGAUGCACGUGACCCUCUUGGCUGCAGAUGUCCUCAGGUGGAGCAGGCAGUUAUUCAAAGUGGAACAAACAAGAAGAUAGUUUUAGUACUUAAUAAAAUUGAUCUAGUGUCAAAGGAAAUAGUGGAAAAGUGGAUUAAGUAUCUUCGUAAUGAGUUUCCUACCGUGGCUUUCAAAGCGUCUACUCAGCAACAGACCAAGAACUUGAAACGCAGUAAUGUUCCAGUGACACAAGCCACCACAGAGCUCCUCAGCAGCAGUGCUUGUGUUGGAGCAGAUUGCUUAAUGAAGCUACUUGGCAACUACUGCCGCAACCUGGACAUAAAGACAGCCAUCACUGUAGGUGUUGUAGGUUUUCCUAAUGUAGGAAAGAGCAGUUUGAUCAACAGUCUGAAGCGGGCACGAGCGUGUAACGUUGGAGCCACUCCUGGUGUCACUAAAUGCCUUCAAGAGGUGCAUUUGGACAAACACAUUAAGCUUCUAGAUUGCCCCGGCAUCGUCAUGGCGACUUCAACGACUGAUGCAGCAAUGAUUCUUCGUAACUGUGUGAAAAUCGAACAGCUUGUUGACCCCCUUCCACCCGUUGAAGCCAUCCUCCGACGCUGCAACAAGGCACAGAUCAUAGAGCACUACGGAGUUCCAGACUUUCACACGGCUCUAGAGUUCUUGUCCCUGCUUGCCCGACGCCAAGGCAAACUAAGGAAGGGAGGACUGCCUGAUACUGAUAAAGCAGCUAAGAGUGUAUUAAUGGACUGGACAGGAGGAAGGAUCAGCUACUUCACGCACCCUCCAGAGACACACACUCUCCCCACACACGUCAGUGCUGAGAUUGUUACAGAGAUGGGCAAAGCUUUUGACUGGGAUGAGCUGGAAAAAGGAAAUCAGGAGGUUCUUGCAGAGUCCUCUUGUCCAGACAUCCAAAUGGGAUUCUGCAUGGAAAGCAUGGGAAUGACGCAAGGUGGCCUAGGUGAACCUCUUUCUGACUUGGAAAUGGAACGAGGAUCUAUGGAAAAGCCAGAAUUUAAAGAUGAAACUGAAUCUAUGGAGGAUGACCAGGACCCAGAGUUCGGACCCAUGACAGUGGAGAUAAAAUCUCAGAAAUCAAAGUCUGACUUGCCUGCAAAUGAUGCUGCAUCCAGGGCUCCAGAUCUGAAGGAUAUUUUGAAUGUAGAUCCUCUACAGCAGGGCCAGGCCCUCCUGGCUGCCAGCAAGAAGAGGAAAAAGCAACAGAAAAGAGCUGACAAAAUUGCCACCAAACUCUCAGACACCCUGACAUCUGCAAUGGACUUCUCAUUUUCAGACAGCUGAUUAAAGUAAGAUUGAAAUAAAAGUUCAAAAAAU